AUGACAUUUGAGCAGGUGGUGUGCAAAAUUCUACGACACGAGGCGUGGAGGAAGGAAGCAAAACAUCCUCAGUUCUUGGAAAAGCGCUACGUGACAGAGCAGAUUCACAGGAUAACACCGUCAGAUUGUCACAAUAACAUCAAUAGCAGUGACUUCGAAAGCAGCAUUGAUUAUGCUCUUACCAGGCAUCCGGCAACACCCAAUUUAAUCACCUUCUCUCAGCCCGAGCAUGCAAACAUCGAAAUUUAUACCGACGGCUCAAAAGCGGACUCUAAGGUGGGCAGUGGUUUUAUCGCCUUCCACAAUAGCAACGAGAUUGCCUCUGGACGUUACCGGCUGGGCAAACACUGUUCUGUACUCCAGGCAGAGCUGUUUGCCAUCAAAAUGGCGGUGACUUGGUCAGUCACCAACUACACUAACAACACUGUGGCCAUUAUUUCGGAUAGUGCUUCAUCCAUCUCCCUGCUGCAAAGUGCCACUGGUCACCCCAUCUCCAAUGAAAUAAAAGACAUCAUCAACAACACUAACAACUGCUAUUUCAUUUAUUGGACACGAGCCCACCAGGGCACGCCCGGUAACGAGCGAGCCGAUGCUCUGGCGAAAUCUGCAGGAGAUGACACCAACCUCCCUAUCUCUUAUACUAAGCUUACCUCUAAAACCGUCAAGAACCUACUUUGGAAGGAUCUUAUUAUUUCUUGGCAGCAAGACUGGAAUGAUAUUAACCAUCAUACCACAUAUAAUUUCAUCCCUCUCAUUGAGCCUUUUAUUCUGAGCAGGUGGUACAAACCUUGCCAUCGUGCUAGUCAAUUUCUCAGUAAUCAUGGCAGGUUCAACUCAUACCUUACAAGGUUCACUAAUGCGUCCAAUCCUAACUGCUCCCUGUGUGGUGUCGAGGACGGCAGUCGACACUACUUCUUUGACUGCCCGAUGUUGGAACCAGAGAGGCUUUGCCUUAAGCUCACUAUUGAGGCACAUGGUGGUAUAUGGCCUACUGACUGCACGAGAAUCUUUGACUAUGAGGACACUUAUGAUGCCUUCUUAACACUCAUCACUAAAUACUUUGUACGAACCACGGUCAAUGCCUACUCCUAG